UAUAUAUAUAUAUAUAUAUAUAUAGACUUGUCUAUUUCGUUCAAUAGUUUGCCGAUAUCCACUCGCUGAUCGCGUUUGUUUUCAGAGUUCGUUCAUUCGUUUUCUACCUUCUUCAUUGGAUUUGUAUACCUCCCUCAUCUCCAUCAUGUUUGAGGAACAUUACCAGCACCCUAGACUCUCCCCAAUGGGCCCUUCACGAUUGCCGCUGCCACCGCAAAUGGAAAGAAAACUUCUUCAUGAGAAGAAGCGGAAGGAGCAAGAAGUAGAAAGCACAAAGGAGGAUCUUCUCCAUGGGAAGAAGCCAAAGGAGCAAAAAGUAGAAAGUACCGAGGGAGAUCUGCUUUAUGAUGGUGAGAAGCCAAAAGAAUUCGAAUGCCCGGUUUACGCAGAGACAUUGAAAGAAAGAAAACUUCUUCAUGAGAAGAAGCGGAAGGAGCAAGAAGUAGAAAGCACAAAGGAGGAUCUUCUCCAUGGGAAGAAGCCAAAGGAGCAAAAAGUAGAAAGUACCGAGGGAGAUCUGCUUUAUGAUGGUGAGAAGCCAAAAGAAUUCGAAUGCCCGGUUUACGCAGAGACAUUGAAAGAAAGAAAACUUCUUCAUGAGAAGAAGCGGAAGGAGCAAGAAGUAGAAAGCACAAAGGAGGAUCUUCUCCAUGGGAAGAAGCCAAAGGAGCAAAAAGUAGAAAGUACCGAGGGAGAUCUGCUUUAUGAUGGUGAGAAGCCAAAAGAAUUCGAAUGCCCGGUUUACGCAGAGACAUUGAAAGUCUAUAACAAGCUGAAAGAUAUAGAUACAAUAGACCUCAAGUGGUGUCCAAUUAUACCCGAUAAGCAUGCAUACUUGAAGCAUGAGAAAAAGUUUGCUGAACUCUUCAAGAAGCAUGAAGAGAAAAAGAAGCGGUGGAUGCUGAUUGAAGAAGAAAAAGAGCGUCUUGGGAAAGGGAAAAGAGGAGCUGUUACUGAUAAGUUGAAACCAUGUUAUGCUAUGCUCUUGGCCUGAGAAUAGAGGAGCAGUUACUGAUAGGUUGAAACCAUGUUAUGCUAUGCUCUUGGCCUGAGAAUUGUGUCAGUCUUUUGUGCAAGAAUGUAGAAGAAUUAUUAUAAUUCUAAUUGUGUUAUGUUUCUUUGUUUUGUAUUCUGUGUUGGAUUUCAGUUCUGCUAAUCUUUGUGGCACGUACUGCUUCAUUGCCUGAUGUUGCAUAAUACAGAAUAGUGUUGGCAUGUUGAGAUGAUCAAAUUAAUAUUAACAAUAAAAGAAAAAUGACAAGACUGUUUAGUUGGAUUA